GGAGCCGGGAGGGCAGGCUCGUCGGAGCCGGGCCCGGUGAGGGGGAGGCGAUGUCUGGCGGGGAAUCGGCAGCCGCCGCGGCCUCCCCUCAACCGCUCCCCUUCUCCCUGCCCAAGCCACCUCCCCUUAUGCAGCUCAACCCCGGCGAAGGCGUGCGCCCCGUGGUGGCCGCCGGCCCGGAGCAGUCGCCGAAGAGCGCCCGCAUGGGAGGCCGCCCCGAUUGGCCGCCUGGGAAGCCCGUCAGUCUCUUGGCUCCUCUCCUCCCGCCUCGAGGGGAGCCCGAACCUCUCUUGCCCUUCGGGCCCUCCUCCCGCCAGCCGCUCAGGGGCAGGAUGCUGGGCAGGUGCGGAGGGGGAGGCGGCGGCGGGAGCCUCCUCAAUCCUUCGAUGCGACCGGGCGGUGGAGGCGGCGGCGGAGGAGGCGGCGGCGGCGGCGGCAUGGGCCGAGAGUCCCUUAUGAUGGGACAUCCAGGCAUGCCUCAUUACCCACCCAUGGGCAUGCAUCCUAUGGGACAAAGGCCGCCCAAUAUGCCUCCAGUGUCUCAUGGAAUGAUGCCUCAGAUGAUGCCUCCAAUGGGAGGACCGCAAAUGGGGCAGAUGCCUGGAAUGAUGCAAUCGGUGAUGCCUGGAAUGAUGGCACCACAUAUGUCUCAUGCUCCCAUGCAGCCUCCGGGACCGCCAGGAGUGAACAAUAUGGAUUCUCAAAUCGGUUUAGCCCCCCCUGGAACUCAGCCAACGCCUCCAGUAGUUUGUUCAGUCCAGCAAGCCACCCCAACCAACAACUCUGCUAAUGAGGAAACUUCCAAACAGAAAUCCAUGUGGUCAGAACAUAAAUCGCCAGAUGGAAGAACAUACUACUAUAAUACUGAGACAAAGCAGUCAACGUGGGAGAAACCAGAUGAUCUUAAAACACCUGCAGAGCAAAUGUUAUCAAAAUGUCCAUGGAAGGAAUAUAAAUCUGAUUCUGGAAAGCCUUACUACUACAAUUCCCAAACAAAAGAAUCACGCUGGGCAAAACCCAAAGAACUUGAAGAUCUUGAAGCAAUGAUUAAAGCAGAAGAAAACAGUGGUAAACCAGAGGAAUCUGUUCCAACAUCAUCUGCCGGAGCUGUUGCCCCAGGAGUCACAAAUGCUGCCGCCACUGUUCCUGAAACUCCUGUGGCUAUACCUUCAGCCCCCGCCACUCCUGCUGUUGCAUCAGCUCCUGAAGCUGAGCCUCCUGCUGUUGCUACUGUUGUAGAAAAUGAAAAUAGAGUUGCUGCUUCUACCGACGAGCAGAUACAGCCGCCUGCUCCUGUUGUACAGGAACAGACGGCAGAAGUUGUCACGAACUCUGUAGAAGAAGCUCCUAAACCAGAAUCCUCAGAUGUUGCCCCCAAAAAAGAAGAGGAGGAUGCCCAGCCAGUUAAAAAAACCUAUACCUGGAAUACGAAAGAAGAAGCUAAGCAGGCGUUUAAAGAACUAUUGAAAGAAAAGCGUGUACCAUCCAAUGCAUCUUGGGAGCAAGCUAUGAAAAUGAUCAUUAACGAUCCAAGAUACAGUGCUUUGGCAAAACUAAGUGAGAAAAAGCAGGCAUUUAAUGCUUAUAAAGUCCAGACAGAAAAAGAAGAAAAAGAAGAAGCAAGAUUAAAAUAUAAAGAAGCAAAAGAGUCUUUUCAGCGUUUCCUUGAAAACCAUGACAAGAUGACAUCCACAACCAGAUACAAAAAAGCUGAACAAAUGUUUGGAGAGAUGGAGGUCUGGAAUGCAAUAUCGGAGCGUGAUCGUCUUGAAAUCUAUGAAGAUGUCCUAUUCUUUCUAUCAAAAAAAGAAAAAGAACAAGCCAAGCAGUUGCGGAAGAGGAACUGGGAAGCAUUGAAAAAUAUCCUGGACAAUAUGGCUAAUGUUACGUACUGUACUACCUGGUCAGAGGCUCAGCAAUAUCUGAUGGACAAUCCUACAUUUGCAGAAGAUGAGGAACUUCAGAAUAUGGAUAAGGAGGAUGCAUUGAUUUGUUUUGAAGAACACAUAAGGGCUUUGGAAAAGGAGGAAGAGGAAGAGAAACAGAAGGGUUUACUCAGGGAAAGACGACGGCAACGUAAAAACAGAGAAUCUUUCCAGAUAUUUCUGGAUGAAUUGCAUGAACAUGGCCAGCUGCAUUCAAUGUCAUCAUGGAUGGAGUUAUAUCCAACUAUAAGUUCUGAUAUUAGGUUUACUAACAUGCUUGGUCAGCCUGGCUCAACAGCACUUGAUCUCUUCAAAUUUUAUGUUGAAGAUCUAAAAGCACGCUACCAUGAUGAAAAAAAGAUAAUAAAAGACAUCUUAAAGGAUAAAGGAUUUGUAGUUGAAGUGAAUACUACUUUUGAAGACUUCGUCACAGUCAUCAGUUCAACUAAAAGAGCUACCACGUUAGAUGCUGGAAAUAUCAAACUGGCUUUCAAUAGUCUGUUGGAAAAGGCUGAAGCCCGUGAACGUGAGAGAGAAAAGGAAGAAGCUCGCAAAAUGAAACGGAAAGAGUCUGCUUUUAAGAGCAUGUUAAAACAAGCAACACCUCCAAUUGAAAUGGAUGCAGUGUGGGAAGAUAUUCGGGAAAGAUUUGUGAAAGAACCAGCAUUUGAAGAUAUCACUCUAGAAUCGGAAAGAAAAAGAAUAUUUAAAGACUUCAUUUAUUUACUGGAGCAUGAGUGUCAGCAUCACCAUUCAAAGAAUAAGAAGCAUUCUAAAAAAUCAAAAAAGCAUCACAGAAAGAGAUCUCGCUCCCGUUCGGGUUCGGAAUCUGAGGAUGAUGACAGCCAUUCCAAAAAAAAGAGGCAACGCUCAGACUCACGAUCAGUUUCUGAACGCUCUUCCAGUGCAGAAUCUGAGAGGAGCUAUAAGAAGUCAAAGAAACACAAAAAAAAGAGCAAAAAGAGGAGACACAAGUCUGAUUCGCCAGAAUCGGAUGUGGAUCGAGAAAGAGACAAGAAAGAAAGAGAGAAUGAAAAGGAAAGAAGUAGACAAAGGUCUGAAUCUAAGCAUAAAUCACCUCCUAAAAAGCGACCCGGCAAAGAUUCCGGUAAUUGGGAUACCUCUGGUAGUGAAUUAAGUGAAGGUGAACUAGAAAAACAAAGGAGGACCCUGUUGGAACAACUGGAUGAAGAUCAAUAAGAAAUAUUUAUACCAAAUAUGUUUACAUUGUGAUUUAAUAAAAAAUAUAGAUGACUAAUUUCAGGAAAUGGAUUCCGAUGUUCUGAGUUCCAUUGGCAAAACAAUGGCUUUUCAGUUCUACUGUAUAAGUAAAUAUCUCAAAUAUCAUCAUUGUGUGCCUGGCAGCAAAUUGGCAGAGACAGUGAACAUUCAGAAUUCAAGCUGAAGUUCUGUUUUUGAUAAGCUAGGCAGCCUGUAUAUACCCCAUGCACCUUGACAUUCUUCAGAGAGCACAUUAGGAUGAGAAGAUCUUUAUUUUUUUUGAGCCCUUUCAAAAGUGGCUUGGAAAAGUGCUUGAGCCUUUCAGGUCUCUCAUGUCUAUAAAACAGCUCUUGCUAGAAAGGCCUAAACUUGUUUUCCUUGUCAAAUAAGGUCUAAGGGUGGGGGUGGGGAAGGAGGUGCACAUGUUCUUUCAAAAGAUGCUCUAUAAUUUUCUUGCAGCUCCACUUGGGUUUUUUACUUUUUUCUUCUUCUUUUUUGCAAAAUGAGGGAAAGAGGAGAGAAGGAAAUAUUUUUUUGUUGAUUAAUGGUAGUCCAGAAACCUGUCUUGGGUUUUUGUGCAUUACCUUGCUGGCCAAACUGAUGUUGUUGAUGGUUUCUAUUGAAUUUUGACUUUAGGUUGAAAUAUGUAUCAAGUUUCACCCUGAAGUGACUUUUUAGUGUCAAGUUUUAAAACUGUGAAAAAUAGAUGAUUGAUGGAAAUCCUAAUAGGCCCUUAAUUAUAAUGGCGCGAAGAUAUGUAAUAACAUAGCUACCAUUUUUAUUAGAGGAAAAAACUGGUAUAUGUAAAAUAAAUAAACAAAAUUGGCAGAGGGCAUUAUUUCAACAUUAAUCCAAUGUUACAGAAAAUUGCAAAAUCAGAUAGUAAAUUAAUUGCAAUAUGUUGCCUUAAGGACUUUCCGAAGAAUGUACCACCAAAUUUUGAAAAAGCAGUUGCAAUACCCUCUUGUCUAGAAAAAUCAAUGUUGACAUAAUACUUUUCAUUUGAGACAUGUUGACCUAAUGUUACAAACCCGGUCUCCUUUUAUUCUGUUCUUUUUCCUUUGUACUAAAUAACUUCUGACCAGCCUUGAUUUGAUGAGUACUUUCUGCCCUAUUCAUUCAGGAGUAUUGACUACUGUGGUACAGACUCUAAAAUCUUUCUGAUUUGAAUAUUUUUGUACAUUUUUAUCACUUAUUAAACCUUGUCUUCUAGCGUGUACUAGUAUUUUUUCUGUUUUUUAAAAUACUUUGUACAGCUGACACAUAGCUACAUCUCCUCACAUGCUUUCACUCAUUACUUUGAAGGCUGCACAUAGAAGCUCAGUUCUUUAGUGUAGUGCUUACUUUUUUCAUGCCUGUUUAUUCACAGCCACAAAAGAAAGGGGUUAUGUUCAAGAUCAUUCACAGCACUGAUGUGAAAUACUUCUAUCCAACAGUAUACAAUAGUUGUGUAAAUUUGAAAUCGGUCCUUUUGAGUAAUUAUGGGUCCACUUUUCAAAUUAAGAAAUAGGGGUUAUAAGGUAGCAAGUAUGUGGUCAUCUUUCGUUCUUUCCUAUUUCAUUGGAACUUGUGUGUUAACAGUUUGCCCAAAUUACAAGCCAAAGGCUGGUUUUACAGAAGAAUGGCUUGGAUCUAGAGUGUCCAUGAGUAGAAGUGUGCUCAUAGGAAACUUCUGGAGGACAUGGUAGAGGCAAUUUUUGCUGAUUCCUCCUUACUGCAGCCCCCUCUAGAAUAAUGUAGGUGGUGGCAUUGAGAAGAGGGAAUUAGCAAGAAUUGCCUUCUGCCCUUUUCCACUGGAUUGCAGCCCUUUCUGCGAGUGAAUGUAAUAAAUGUGCUAUGCGCCGAUCUUUUUAGUCUACCAAAUGGAGUCAUCCCUCCUUAUGGUGCAAACUGUUCACUUCUCAGUGGAAAAGUAUGAGAUUUGUCCAUUUAUGACUUCAGGUAAAAGCACAGUAAAAUGUCCAGGAGAUUGUUCCAGAAUUCUGCAGCAAUAGUUCCAAAUCUCGGAAAGUUGCAACAAAGUCCUGUUGCAGAGUUUCUGAGGGCUUCGAGUAGAGAACGUGAAAUUUAACAUAUAUUGAGAGACUUGUAAAAAAAGACUGUUUGGGUUCUUUUGAGAAACUAAGUGCUGUUAACUAGUCCAAAUCCAUACCUGUAGCAAAAGUCACUUACAGUACAUAGAUAGGACAGCAUGUUUACAACUCAGUUAUGUAGUGAAAGAGGUGGAAAAAGAUCAGUGCUAAACCAGAAUGGUUUUUUUUUAGAGUUCUAGCUAUCCCAUCCCCCUCUCCUAUGCAGGAGUAUUUAUGUAAAAUAUUUUCUUAUUGCCUUGCAUAAUUUACAUGAAACAUGUUUCUAAGUAAAUAUUACCUUUUAAA